ACAGCAACCCGGCACAGUUCUGCCUGGCAUGAGGCUCUAGGAAGGUUAUCUGAGCUACCUAAUCGAGAAUGUAACUGAAAUCGAUAUCAGGGGGCACACACCGUGGGCCACGAAUCGCCCGCCUUAACGUUACACCUCAUUCCAGCGUGUGGACGGUCUCAGAACAUAAAUAUGGACGAUAGAAAGCCGUCAGGUAUUGCAAGCUCGCUCGCUCCCUUUGAACUAUGAGUUGGUAAUCUCGUUUGGAAUCUGUUUGUCCUACUCGGCUACGAUAGAAUUACUAGGCAGAUAGGUUUCAUUAGUUGAGUACCUUCAUCUCAGGUAUUUGAUCCCCCAAUAUGCACAUCCCUAGAGCCGUAACGACGGCCGCGGCCGCGACACCGCGGUUCGCCAUGUACUACGACCAGUGGCACACGGCGUCGCCAAACAAGGCGCAGAUGGCCGGCAUAACGCAUGUGAUCACCGCGUUCGCGAGCACGACCCUCUUCACCAGCGACCCGCCCGGCACAUAUACCCCUUUCGUGGACGUCGCUACGCUCCGCAGCCAGUUCGACGACGGAACCAAGAUCUGUAUGGCGAUCGGAGGAUGGGGUGACACGGCCGGGUUCUCCGUUGGUCAAAAGGAUGAUGCGUCGCGGAAGCUGUAUGCGAAGAAUGUUGCCUCGACACUCGAGAGUCAUGGGUAUGACUGCGUCGACGUCGACUGGGAGUACCCCGGCGGAAACGGCGAGGACUAUAAGCAGAACCCCAACUCGGGCAAGACGGAUGAGAUCGCCAACUACGCCCUGCUCCUCCAGGAGAUAAAGUCUGCCAUCGGCGAUAAGGAGCUGUCCAUCGCCGUCCCUGGGCUCGAGAGGGACAUGAUCGCCUUUACCUCUGAGCAAGUGCCCAAGAUCGACGCCGCCGUCGAUGUGAUUAAUGUCAUGACCUACGACUUGAUGAACAGACGCGACACCCAAACCUCUCACCACACCUCCGUGAAAGGCUCCCUCUCCACCAUCGACCACUACAUAUCCCUCGGCAUGACGCCCUCCAAAAUGAACCUCGGGAUCGCCUUCUACGCGAAAUUCUUCAAAACCACCGGACAAUGCACACAGCCCAUCGGGUGUCCCACCGUCCUCCUCGAGGACGCGAACGGCGGGGACACGGGGCAGUCCGGGGCCGUGACGUUCGCGGAGGUGCCGCCGGUGCUGAGCAGCGGGGUGGCGGACGCCGACGAGGGGGGCCAGUGGUACUGGGACGCGAGCACGAGCUACUUCUGGACGUGGGACACGCCGGACUUCAUCGCGCAGAAGUUCGAGCAGAUUGUUGGGGCGCGCGGGUUGGGGGGUGUUAUGGCCUGGAGCUUGGGCGAGGACUCGGCUGAUUUGACUUACAUCAAGGCUAUGCAGAGCGGCUUGGCUACGUUGUAAGCUUCUCAGUUGUCCUGUCUCUAUUGCCUACCUAGGUAAGUCAAGUUGGCCAGGCAGUGGGCUUUAGGCGAUAAUGCCUGCCUUUUCCUGUAUAUUCUUCUUGUUGAGAUGCCAAGAUUUGCUUGGGUCUCUGUAUAUAGGUAUUUAUUCAUGCGAUCAAUGUUAUGCGCCGAAUUACAUUACGAAAGCUCAUGACGAUAAGUCAAGGUGACUUUGCUUUUAUUUCUGUGUGA